GUUCGUCUUCUCCACUUUAGGCCAAGCUCUUACUUCAAAGCUGAGGCGCGGCUGGAGUCCAAACUGUUCGACGCUCAUUCGCCUAGUGACUGUCUCCUUAAGAUUUCCUUUGUAUUCAUUUGCACAUUGCACAUGCGAGCGCAUACAGAGCGGGUCCCACUUACGAGUUCGAGAGUGUUAAGCAAAAUGGAACCUUCUCCGGAAGCCCGAUGCCUAGCACGGCGCAAUCUCUAACGUAGAUGCUAGUUACUUUUGACAACUAGCAACUACUUCCUGAGCGAUGGACGUUGCGGGAGCGGGCAUUGCCCUCGGCAGUUUCGCCGCUUGCUUUGGAGUGGGCUGGUGGUUCCUGAAUCGCAGUCUGUACAAUAACCUUGAUGAGAGGGACUAUAAGGUCCAGACACUAUGGUCGCUUGUGUUCGCGCUGUCAUGCAACUUCAUCUCGCUUGUACUGUUCGAAAUUGUGGACGUCAUGGAUGCCGGGACGCGGCAGGGCGCCUGGUACCUGUCUGUCUGGGGCAUGCUGCUCCUGCUGCUGGGUGUGUUGCCGUACUACCACAGCUACCGCCUGCUGGCCAGCGCGGGCACGCUGCGGCGGGGCCAGGUGGCUGUGGGCGCGGCGCUGGUGUGGGCGGGCUUCAUGUACUGCUUCUGGCGCCUGGGCAACUACCUGCCGGGGGUGCCGCCGCCCACGGACGGCAUAUUCCGCAUGCAGCAGGCCAUCAGCCGUGUGGGUGUGAUGGGCACGUGGAUGAUUGCAGUGCUGUCGGGCUACGCCGCCGUCAGCUUCCCCUACUCCUACCUGUCGCUGUUCGUGCGGCCCGUGGAGGCGUUCGAGAUCGUGGCCAUGGAGGAGCAGUGCAGACAGGCACAGUCCAUGUGUGAGGAGAAGCAGCGGCGCAUCGACCUGGCGCGGCAAGAGAUGGCGCGAAUGGCGGAGGCGCGGAAACAGGGGCUGGGCUCCUUGAAGCUCGGUGCCCUGGCCGGGUCCGGCAGCGCCCUCAGCAGCCUGGGCCUAGGGCUGGGGCUGGGCGGGGGAGGCGGCGGAGGAGGAGGCAGCAACGGGCACGGCGGCGGCGGGCAUGGAGGGCAGGGCGGCGGGCUGGUGUCGCGGCUGGGCGGUGUGGUGGGCGGGCUGAUGUCGUGGGGGCACCCCACCACGCCCGCGGACACAGUGCGGGCGCUGGAGGCGGAGGUGCGCUCGCUGGAGAGCCUGUACAAGACGCUGGCUGUUGAGCUGGCCGAGCUCAAGACGGAGCGGGCGCGGGCGCUGGAGAGCCGCACGCUGGCGGGGCACGUGAAGAACGCGCUGGGGUACGCCAUGAGCAUCUACUGCGUGUACAAGAUGUACACCAGCUUCAAGGCGCUCAUCUUCGGCGAGGACCUGGUCAGCGACACGGUGGGCAGCGCGCUGUCCUUUGGGCUGCACUGGGUCAGCCACGGCUCCAUCAACGUGGACGUGAAGCUGCUCAGCCAGUACCUGACACUGGCCUUCAUCGGCGGCAUCAGUGCCAUGUCCCUGCGCGGCUUCCUGCGCAGCCUGCGCAAGCUGCUCAGCUGGGUCAAGGGCGCCGGCACGGCCUCAAGCCUGGUGCUCCUGCUGGCGCAGGUGACGGGCUUCUACGCGGUGUCCAGCCUGCUGCUGAUCCGCAAGAACGUGCCGCUGGUGUACCGGCGCGGCAUGGACGCGGCCAUGGGUGGACAGCUGGACUUCCAGUUCUUCCACAGGUGGUUCAACGGGCUGUUCCUGGCCUCGGCGCUGCUGACGCUGCUGCUGCUGUACGGGCAGUACCAGGCCAGCCGGUACGACGCGCUGGAGCUGCUGCCCACACACACACAUGGCAACCACUACUACAAGGGCCGAAACACGUCGCGGUAGCAGCAGAGAGAUGUGAGGGAGGGGAGAGAGAGGGAAGAGAGGGGGUAGAGCAGCACUUUGGAGAGCUCUGAAAGGGCAGGGUGUGCCCUGGUGUGCAGGUUGAAGGGCGGAGGGAGACGACGAGAUUGGCCAACCGCCAAACCGACUGCGGUGUUUGUGAGGAGCGCAGAUUGGCUCGUGGAUGCAGUCUGAGUGAUAUUUUAUCCUUUUUGAGCUUCUGCAGCAAGUGCCAGCUCGAAUGCAGCGCUCGCUGGUUGUUCGGCCUUGAAGCGCCACUUUCGCCCGCAGGCAUGGUUUUGCUAAACUUGCACCUCAGCUGGCGUUCUGAUACAUCACUUUAUAAUCCGCAGCUUACACUGCUGGCUUGGAGGCCCUGUGCACAACUCGGCACCACGCAACUGACCUCACAGUGGCAAUCUAAAUCCGAUA